CUGGUCCUGCACAAUGAAACCUUGUCUACUCUGCUGCCUGGGGUUCUGCAUCCUCGGCGCCUGGGCCCCCACCGUUGGUGCUCAAGGCGCCUUUGAGGACUGCUGCCUGGCCCACCACCACCCCAUCCCCAAGUCGGCCAUACGCCAGAGAGCCACCAAAUUCCACUACCAAUCUGUGAGUGGUAGCUGUAACCUGAAGGCGGUCAUAUUCUUCUUGCCCAGGAGGGUAAUAUGUGGGGACCCUCGAGACCCACAGGUGCAAGGCCUUGUCAAGCUUCUGAAGCAGAAGUUGAGCAAGAAAAUGCCGCCUGGGGGUUCCAGAAGAGCCAGACCAGUGUCUCACUUGGGGGCUGUGAGGUUACACUCUGGAGGCCUCCCUCAGUUUAGAGACCUGACCAGGAGCAGCACCCCCAGAAACGCCUCCCACCCAGCCAUGCCCAGCUCAGAAAAGUGAAGUCGGACAGCGGUUGGAGGACGCUGGGGUCCCUGCCCCCUUCUCC